AUGCCAUCUUUUGCUUUCUGGAAAAGCUCCAAACUGGACGAUGCAAAGUCUCCCCUGCUAAGCGAUGCUGCAGUGAAGGAGGAGUUAAGUGUGAUUAUCCCGAAUGUCUCAAAGGCCGUCGAUCUCAACCCAGGGAACCAAGAUUCGGGAGUUUUUCUCUUCGACGAAGAUGCUCAGGAGAUACCAGGGGACCAGACACCACUCAUUGAGCCUGCAUCCGACCUAGAAGCAGAGCUCAGUGCAGUGCAAGACACAGACCUUGCGCAAGAAAUCCAACGUGGCGAGACGAAGGUGGAUAACUCGUUACUAGACUCGCGACCUGUCUCUCUCAUUCCAAGAGAAUCGGGGCCCAGCCUGUCGAUUGAGAAGAAACCUACUCCGGUAGCUUUGGCACGGGUCGACACAGACUUGCACAACCGAGAUUCUGGUGUGUAUCUCUCCGAAAACGAGAGCUCUCCUGUAUCUUCACGACCAUCCUCCAUCGUAUCGAACGACAACGCCUCUCCGCGAUCACGAGUCUCAUCGCUCUCCAAACCAAAGUCGAUGUCGCCUCAGCGUACAAACUCUAGCACAAAUUCUGGCACAAAUUCCAUCUCUCGACUGCAGCGUCCUGCAGAAUUGAACCUCGGUUUCAACAGCGCAGUGGACCCGGCGAAGCCUAAGUCCGAACUCGACAUGCGAUACGACCUCAUUCGCAAUUCCAAGACACAGUCGAAGGCCGCACUACGAUCGCCGACGCAGCUCUUACAGGAACGCCUCAAUAUGUCGCCAAAGAAGAAGAGCAAAGAAGAUAAGCUUCGCGUCUUCACACCGCCACGUGCGACCGUCAACGGGUGCCUACUACCGGGACCUAGUGCGCAAGCGGAAGCGUUCACCAGCUCCUCGGUCCGAGCAAAGACCGAGGCGGGAGGUCGGCCAGCUUGGUGGUGCAAGACUGACAAGCUUGUUGUGUUUGACGGCAUCGAGCAACAAGCCGACGGUGAAUUGAGGCCAAGGACACGCACAAGCAAAGGUUUGACUGUCGCACGAAGGCGAGGCGAUCUGGAGACUGUGGUGAUUCCGUUGGACUGUGCCCAUUGUCACGAGAUGCUUAAUCGACAUGAGUGGAAAUAUGACAUGCGAGUCUGCAGUCGAAGCGUCUGCUGGGACUGCAAAGAGAGAUGCAAGUGGGAAUUUGAGCAAGAAAAGAUGGCAGUUGCAGCCACGCCCCGUGCAGACGCGAACAGGGAGAGAGCAGACAGCAUGCUCCAGGACGAGCAGAGCAGAAGUCAUAAUCUGCAGAAGGGGCUUGUCGUUUGA